GGCGCCGUCGCCAUGGCAACGGGAGGGGCGGGCGCGGCGGUGCGGCUCGGGGCGCUGUCGCGAUAGGAGUGGGGGUGCCGGGUUAGCGCUGGUCGCGCGCCGAGGCCUCCCGUCGCGGCCGUCGUGACAGCAGCCGCGCCGAUGGAGGCGGACGGGGCCGUUGAUUGGCGCGCGCUGCGGGAGGAGCUGCGGGCGGCGCUGGAGGCGGACGGGAGGCACGAGAGGGAAAACAGCGCCAAACUGCGCGCCGUGCGGCAGCGCGUGGGAUCCUACCGGGAGUUCAGGUGGGCGCGGCGCCCCCGCAGCCCCGCGGUCAACCGCAGGUCGGCUGCCGGGCCUUCCCUGCGGCGCUCCUCCUGCUCUGCUGCUGCAGCUGUCCCUCCGCGGGGAGGACGCCUCGCCUGCCCGUGUUGGAUGUCCCGGGGCUCCUCUCCCGUGGCAGCCGCUCCGCCAUCCCUGGGCACGUCUGCAGUCUGGGCGGGCAGGAGGCUCCUUGAGGGCAGGCAGUGUGGGACGCUCCCAAUGUCCCCCACCCCAUCCCCUCACACCCGCAGAAAGCUCUGUAGAUGGGUUCAGGAGUUGACCGCCCCCUGACAGACUCACCCAGUGCUGCAGCACGCGGUGCCGGCAGCCUCACUGCCCGAACGUGGUCACGCUUCCACAUCUGAGUAAAGGACACACUUUAAAAUGGCAUUCGUGGCGCUGCUGUCUCCCCUGUCCCCGUAUAAGGACCCUCUGCCACGGUUCUGUUGUUAGAGCACAGUCAAAACUCACAUUCCUGCUCAGCACACAAAAUCUGCGCUGCGGUGUGGAUCAGCAGCUGGGAGUCACAGGAGGACAGAACGGCUUCUCUCCGUGGGUGCAGUUUCUCCGCUCGCGAAGGCCAGCAGAGCCCUGAACCCCUCGAAGAUCUCGUUACUGGGAGCACUAACGAACAGCAGGCACAGGCGUUCAUCCCGUGGGAUGAGAAUGACAUGAGCUGCUGAGUCCAGGCUGCUGCAAUUAGUCACAGGCGUCAGUGUAAUGGGAUGGCUGACUAAGAAUGCCUGCAAGAAUGGAGGACUUCUCCUGCGGAAGGCCCAAAGAUACAAAAUCUUCAUUGUACCCCAGGAAAAACACAGGAGGAAGAGGGACAUCGUGCUGGCAUCACACCUGAGGCCUCUAGAGAAGAAGGACAAGAUGGGGAACAAGAGAAACGUGCUGUGGAACCCCUGUGUAGGCCACACGAGUGGCCAGAAAGCCACUGAGGUGGAGAUACCACAGGAACUGGAGCAGCUGCCCGGAACCUCUGCCGAAUUUUACAGAGAUUGGCGCAGGUGCUUAAAAAGUGGAAAAGAAAAAUAUCAGCUUUUGCUUAAGCUGGAGGGGAAGGCCUUGAGCAGGAUCUUUCAGACUGAGCUGGGUUUUGGCCUCCUGGGUGAGUUCCUUACUGUGCUGGCAGAGAACGUCUGCCAUGAAGACAGAGAUGCUGUCCUUCAGAUCUUACAGAGCCUUUCCAGCACCAAACGCUUUGGGUUAAACCUGGAUCUUCUGAGCACAUCGGAGAAGGAGAGCACCAGGGAUCUGUUUAGGAAGCUGCAGAGCAUGAGUGGGGGUUACUGGAGCCCUGGCCAUCCCAGUGGCAAAGCAGAGGUGGAAGCCCACCCCACUGACAGCAGCUUGCAGAAAGAAGCCGAGGAAAGGAGAGUGAUGGAGCUGAUGAGAUGCUACCAGGCCAGCUGAAGGAGCAGCAGUGCUUCUGCCAAAUAAAGGUUAACAACAGA